AUGUUAAAGAGCGGUCUCAUUGAGACUGACGAUCAGAAAGUUGGUGUUCGUGUUGCGAACAUCGACGGAUCCGAAAGAGCCGACAACACCCAUAUGAUAGAAAUUCGUCGCAUUAUUCAACUUGUCGGAGCUACUUACUUCUUCUUCAUGACAAUAUGGGUUGUCCCAGUGGCAUGCGUCAUAACCGUCUCAAUGCUAUUCCCGUUAAUGUUCUUCAGUAUGCCUAUGUUCAACUACCUCGAGCACAAAUUAUGUGGAAUGGUGAAUGCUCAUUGGAACGCGGUGGCUGUCUUCUGCGGUACUACUGUGACGGAGUACGGAACGAAUCUUUCUUCUUAUGCUGAGGAAAAAUGUCUGCUUCUUGCCAAUCAUCUCGGAUUGCUCGAUCAUUUUGUCUUGAUGCAGAGUCUAAAUGAGAAGGGAUCAAUUAGAUCUAGGUGGAUGUGGGUUAUCUACAACAUCUGGAAGUACACCCCACUUGGAGUAAUGUGGACAUCCCAUGGAAAUUUCUUCGUUAACGGUGGAGCCAGCAAACGGGACAGUGUCAUCAAUGCUUUCCGUGACCAUCUGAAGAACAGCUACUACAAAUAUGACUUCGGAUGGGUUAUCAUGUAUCCAGAAGGAUCCCGGUUCUACCUUGUCAAGAAAACUGGACGUUCAUUCGCAGAGAAAAACAAUUUGAAGCCUUUGGAUAACUGUGUCUACCCAAGAACCGGUGCAGCUCAUGCAGUUCUUGACGUUCUUGGUCCAGCAGAUGAUUCCUUCACCUUGUCAAGAUGCGGAAAAGGAGCCCCAAUCAAGUACAUUAUUGAUGCCACAAUUGGAUACCGACGAGGAGUUGUUCCAGACAUUUCUGAUGCUAUGAUGGGAGACUGGGCGACUGUCGAUACUCCAGAUUUUGCUGUACACUAUGAUGUGAUUCCUGUUAAAAAGGAGUGGGCGGACGAAGAAAAGCUGAAGGAGUUCCUCUAUGAGAGAUAUGCUAUUAAGGACAAACUUCUCGCCGAGUUUUACAAAACUGGUUCCUUCCCGGGAAAACAAACAAAAAUCGUGCCGAACAAUUAUGAGAUGUCCCUCGCGCAAGUUUUCUGGGGAACUCUCUACUACGCCCACUACUACUACUGGCUCCGUCCCCUCAUUGUCUACGGAUGGACGUCAUUCAUCUCCAUGUUUUAA